UCACGGGGUCAGUGAAGCAGCAGUGCCUGCAGGCGUCCAGUAGCGGGCCGAUGUGUGUGCCGCCCUGGCCCAGUCAGGCGGCGGCACAGUCGAGGAGGAGGGCUGCGAGGCAGCGAGAAGCCAGACUUGCUUGAGCCUUCGAAGUGAGAACACUCCAUCAAGAUGCUGUGGCGCGAGGCUGUUGUGGUGUUGGCGGCCUUGGUGGCGACUCAGGGACAAGUCUCCUACGAUGACGCCCAGCCCGCGGUUGUCGUGGCGGCGCCCUCCCACGUCCCUGCCCCCGCUCCAUCAUUCGUGGUUCCCUCCCCGUCCUUCGUGAUUCCCGCUCCCGCCCCUGCCCCCGCCCCGUCCUUCGUGUUCCCUGCCCCCGCCCCUCAGCCCGCCGUGGUCGUGCAGCCACCUCCCUCUGCCGGCCUGUCCUUUGUGCCGCCGCCCCAGCGCUCGCUGCUCCCUGUCACGCAACCCGCCUCCCCACAGUUCGGCAUCCCGCAAGGCGUGCUGCCGCCGCUGCCUCAGUGCCCCAGCACCUACUCCCUGGUGCACGUGGCGUACCAAGGCAGCCUGUACCACUUAUCGUGGUGCUUCCAGUCCGGCCACCGCUUCACCCACCAGCAGGCGGCAGACUACUGCAACAGCCUCAACCACUUCAGCCAGCCCUACCACUUCCAGGUGCUCAGGAUUGAUGACACCACCGAGGUCUCCUUCAUCCACUACUUGCUGAGUUACUAUGCCCACGCUGCAGUAUGGACCAGAGACACCACCACCACCGCGCCCUACAGCAUCCGCCGCUUCAUCAACAGGUCCGGCGUGAACCAGCCUGGCCACGAUUGUCUGUCCGUAGAGGCCGCGCUGCUCGCCCUUCACAGCAUCUGGGUGCACGAGAACACAUGCUCGGACGCCAAGCUGGUGGUCUGCGAGGCGCGAUACUAGCUGCCUGUGCACUGCGGAGUUGUCCACUGCUUUGUGUAACUGUCGGUUGUAAUAAAGACUGAAGCGAUGGAGCG